CUUACUGUUCUGGUACGCACAACCAUGUGCCACAAUCAUGAUCCCGUCUGUGGACAUAACAGAGCAGCAGAUGUCAGUCAUGAGACAAACUUUCCUCAGUGAUCAUGCCUAAAGUUUACAGCUCUCUUCAAGAAGAUGGCCAAAACAUUUCUAAAACGGAUGAAGACAUUCUUUACCCAACCCGGCGGCAAAGUUGUUCUGUGGUAAAUACCCCUUCACCAUGUGUUAAUAAAACUAUUUCUCAACUUCAAGAGCUGGAAACAAAAAUGGAAGAAUGCUUCCAACAGGAUGAAGAUACCCUUGAGAAAGAGGAAAUACCUCAGUUUUCAGGGGUGGAGAAGGUGAAACAUGGAGAAGAUGGCUGGCUCCCAGUUUCUUCAGAUUUAAGUGAUAAAGACAGAAAAAUUUUAGCACUAAAGCAGGAAACAGAAACCGUGCUGUCAGCGGCCAUUCAGCUGAUUAGGUGUCUGGAGACUGACCGUGAAGAAGCUGAAGAAGCUUUGAAACUGGAAAAACUGCGAAGAAGAAAAAUUUGCAUGAAAAUUGAUUUCUUGUCAUUCUGGAGGCUUCAGGAACUCCCUGUAGCUGUGCAGAAAGAGCAUGAGGCUUGUGUGAAAGAUGUUAGAGAACUCCACUGGCAUUUGCAUACUAAACUCCGUCGACUAGAAAAGCUUCGGAACCAAGUGGCAGAGGUAGAGGAAACUAAUACCAAGAUCCAGGAGGAUAUAAACUUCAUGAAGAAACACAGCCCUCUGCUGGAAGAAAAGCUGCAGCUUGAAUGUACAACUUUGGAGGAAGUAGAAUUGGCCAAAAAUAAGGCGACAGAGUUAUACACUGUUGUACAUAAAAUAUAUGAAGAAACUAUAAAAAAAUAUCAGCAAACUACAGUGCAGGCUGAAAUCGAAAGAGUAAAUAUGACUACUGAGCUUCAAAAUGGCAGAGGGAAACUAGAGUACUAUCAGACCCAGUUAGAUUCCUUAAAAUCUGACUGGGCUGACUACAGCAAAAGGAUUACAGAAACUGUGCAGAAAAUUCAAUGGAGUGAAGAUGAAUUAAAGGAAGCAGAAAAAGGAAGAGGAAAUGUACAGGAAAGAGAGACAUCUUUACAUAGUAAAGUAAGCGAAUUGAAAACGCAGUUACUGUCUCAAGAAGAAAAGAAAAACAAUUUAGAAAGAACCUGUCGUAAUCUGGAGUCUGCAUUUGAAAAAAUGAAGACAAAGUGGAAUGAUGAGCUUUUAAGUCUGCAACUUAAACAUGAGAAAACUCUUUCAGUCUUACAUAAAUGGAAAGAAAAAAAUUCCAAACUUGCUUUAGAAAAUGAAAGCUUAUUGGAUGCUAUCAAAGAAAGCUCAAAAAAGAAAGUUGAAUAUGAGACAGAAAUCCAGUAUUUAACAAAAAAUACAGCUAAAAAUGAAGAAAUGACCAAAAAAGUGGACAAAGAAAUUAUUCACGCUAACUCUCUCUACAGUGAAAGUAAAAAUAAACUGGAAGAAUGGGAAAAUAAAUUAACAGACGAGAGAAAUAAAUUCAUGGCCUUGGAAGAGAACAUGAAAAAGCUUAUUCGAGAUGAAAUUGGAGCUAUGCUAGCGAGCCAGACGAGAAUGAGAAAACUUCAAAUUGAACACUCAGAAACAGAAAAAGAAAUCCAAAGCAGGAGAAAUGUGUUUUUCAAAUUACUUGAAGAAGCUAAGGCACCUUUAAUUUUUUUAGAGGCAGAAGCAGAGAGAGGCGGCUGUAUUCAUAAGGAAAAUUAUGAGAAAGUUUCUGAUAUAAAUCAGAAGAAGGACAAAUUCACGGAAGUGACAAAAAUGAAAAAACAACACCUGGAGGAAAAAAAGAUUAAUUUGAAUGAACAGAUUCAUGAAACCCAGGGAAAGUAUUCAGUUGUUUCUGGACAGUUAGAUAAACUUAUGAAGACAAUUCAAAGUGUGAAGGCUAAAGCUGCAACAGUAAAGACAUCAUAUGAAGUAAAGCUAAAGCAGAAAGCAAAUUUGGAGAAGUUAAUUGAAGAACUGAAGAAGAAUUUUGAAUUUUUAAAUUUCAAAAAGGAACAUGGUCAGAUGGUGAUUGAUCAACUGCUCUCCGACCUGGAAUCCUGUGAAGAGAGAAUUGAACUUGAACAAAACACUUUUGAAAAAUUAUUUCAGACAAGGCAAGAUGAUCUGAAGAACAUAAAAAUGGCACAAGAAGAUGCUAUGGGAGAAAAUCUUCGACUGGCUCAAGAGUAUCAGAGGCUUCAGAAAACUUUCUUAUCAGAAAAGGACCACACUUUGAAUCUCUAUGAUAAAAGGUUGAAAUUGGAAUCAGCUGCUAGAGACCAGCAAAAGUUCUGCGUGCUACAAAGCAGGAUGAACAGGGCACUGGAGGAGUACUUCAAACUGCGAGGCCUCUAUAGCCAAGCAGGGUUGGCGAAGUUCCAGGGAGUCUCUCAGGAGAAUGCUCAGAAAAUAUUAGCUGUGCAGGAGGGGUUGUCAAAAACUAUUCAGCACGUCUCAGCUUUCUUGCACACUUUGACAGAUGGCUCAUCCGCAGAAGACAGCUAAGCAAACAACCAAUGUAUCUUGGGUGCUGAAAUAAAAGACAAGAAAAGUCACACAGUUCAGAUAACAGUGUAAUUGGACAUUCACCUGUUUGCCAUUUCACACUUCCAUGGACGAAAAACUCACUCACCUCCCGGCAUGCCUUGCCAUUCCUUUACUUACAGCAAAUCCAUAACAAUGAAACAGGUGACUUUCAUGCUGCUGUCAGGAACGAUCUAAUUUCAGCUCUGGGUGACUGAUUGCAAUUGGCUUUGCCUCAUCUGAUAAUUAAUCUAUGUCACCAUUAAUUGGAAGAGAGAAUAAUUACUGGCGGUGUUGACAGUGACUGUACGCUUCCCCAGAUUCCCCCAUCGGGGUUGGCCCGAAUACAGGCAUUGCGAUUCAGUACUUAAAGUUUAUGUAAACUGUAGCAAUCCCUAAGCCCAUGUGACCCUCCGGGGCACUCCAGCUAACUACUUUUGUUUUUGUGUUUACCAACCUUUUUCGGCUCCCCGCGAGCUGUCUCCCUCAAUCACUC